AUUGUUAUAGAUAUGUCCAUCUCUUCAUUUUUCGUUCGCUCAUAAUCUAGGAAAAAAUCUUUGUUAUUUACCGUACUAUAUACAUUAUGUAUGACCGAUUCUUCUGCAAGACCUGCCUACAAUUUGACCCAAAGUAACCGUAUAUAUCCUUUUCUGCACGUCAACACAUUGAGGCAUUUCUCUUUUUUGUUGCGAUUACAUACACAGGCAAGUUUCUCUUCGCAUCGUCCUCCUAUGCAACAGCAGAGGCCCCUUUUUUUCGUUUGCCUUCCAACUCGAGAGAGACAGGUGGGAAAUAAACACGCCCUGAAAUCGUUCAUCUCCCAACAGCCACUCAAGUCACUUGCUGGGGCUGCAGGCCCUGGUGUUGUUUAUAUAUGUCUGCAACACCAGCCAACCCUUAUCGAGGCUUCAUGGUUAACUACGCUCCUCAUGACAGUGGUAAAGAUGCGAACCGGGAGGAUAUCAUUUCCUACGGUGCAGCGCAGUUGCUCCAAGAUAGGCCUACUGAAAUUCGCUACCACUCUGAUACAACCCAGCCACCCUUUGGGUCUCCAUCGACUUUUAUCACGAACCACUCGGCCACACGCCAGCCGGGCUCGCAUUACAACACACACGGUUAUAGACUCUCCCCAAUCCAGGGUAGCAGAAAACGACGACGUACCGACAAUGAGCCUGAGGCCAAUGAAGACACUGAUCACAAUUAUGGGUACCGAUCUAGUUUGCAGAAUCUACCCAUGGGUGACCCAUCGGGUCCAGGAGGCGAAUCGACCGACCUGUCGUACGCUGAUCAUGUCGGCCCUUCGUCUUCCCAUCAGACAUCGAACCAGGACUACCUUCAGUCUGCUUUUCCGCAACAACAACAUCACCACCAUCGGCUACCAUCCCAAGCAUUGGUGGGUACGACCUCUGCUGAUCAGGGCUCUGAACAAUACCUGCCGCAAAUCGACCGUAGCUUCAUGAACCUUCCAGGCGUGCCUACACCAUACCCUGAGCCGAAAGCACCAAAGACCAGAUUCGGGCACAAAGAAGAUGAGAUGUUGAUAGCUCUGAAGGAGCAAUGGAAGUUUUCCUGGAGGCAGAUUGAGUGCUUCUUUCCAGGACGAAAACAACAAACAUUGCAAGUCCGUUACUGUACCAAAUUGAAGGAAAAAGACGUGGUUUGGGAUGAUGCUUUGGAUCAGAAACUGAAAAAGGCGUUAGAGGACUAUGAGGACAACAAAUGGGCGCACAUUUCCCGGAAGCUUGGACCUGGUAUACCACCCGCAGCGUUGCGUGUGGCGCGGUCGGACCAAAGCGGCUUCAAACUCGCCCAACCUCAAACCUCCAAACUCACUCUCCUGCCCCAAACGCCCCGCGUCAUCCACCCCAUCACCUCCAGGACAAUGCUCCUCCAACGUACAGCCUCCGCCCUCGCAAGGCGCUCGCCUGCCCGCGCUUUCACCCUCGCCCAGCGCCCCUUCUCUUCCUCCAUCGUUCGCUCCAACGAGAAGAAGUGGACUCCCAAGGAGGAGGGCAAGAUUCUGGCCUUCGAUCAGAUCAAGGGCGAGAGCGACCUCCUCGCUCCGGGUGCCAAGCCCGGUACAAUUCCCACCGAUAUCGAACAGGCCACCGGUCUUGAGCGUCUGGAACUCAUCGGAAAGAUGCAGGGCAUUGACAUCUUCGACAUGCGUCCCCUUGAUGCCUCCCGCAAGGGCUCCCUCGAAGACCCCAUCAUCGUCAACGGCGCUGGUGAUGAGCAGUACGCCGGUUGCACCGGUUUCCCCGCAGACUCUCACCAGGUCAACUGGCUGACUGUCUCCCGCGAGCGCCCAAUCGAGCGUUGCCUCGAGUGCGGCAAUGUGGUCAAGCUGAACUACAUUGGACCCGAGGAGGACCCCCACUCCCACGACCACGACCACGGUCACCACCACCCCCCUCACGUCGAGCCCAAGACCUUCGCCGACUUCGUCAAGCCCGACUACUGGUACCGGUAAAUCUUUAAUGCCGAUUUUCUUUGGUUAUUGCUUGGAAAUCCCAAUACAGUGUGAACAUUAUACUGCGUGUCUGUCUCUGUUCUGUCUCCGUGACUCCUCCGUCUCUUUUGUACUAUAGUGCUCUAGUAGAUGAAAUGAGAGUGUUGGUGGGGUUCUUACUUUUGA